AAUCGUCGCUGCUUUGGCGCUGCUUUGUGUUGGACGCAGGACCGCGUUGCUAACGAGAGGAAGAUGGACGAUGUGUGGGUUUCCGAUGGCACUCCACUUCAAAAUGAUCUGGUACCUUGCAGAAUUUGUGGAAGGACUUUUAUAGCAGCGACACGGCUAAAGCAUGAACCCAUCUGUCAAAAAAAUACUGCCAAAAGGAGGAGGGCCUUUGAUUCGAGCAGGCAGCGAGCUGAAGGCACCGAUAUUUCUACCUUAAAACCUUUGAAGCCCAGGCCUGAACCUCCCAAAAAGCCUUCAAACUGGCGAAGGAAGCAUGAGGAGUUUAUUACCACCAUCAGAGCAGCCAAAGGGCUGACUCAGGUAAUGAAGGAAGGAAGACCCCUCCCACCGCCACCUCCCCCCUCAUACAAUCCAGAUUACAUCCAGUGUCCGUAUUGUCAGAGAAGAUUUAGCCAGAGUGCAGCAGACAGACACAUUUCUUUCUGCAAAGAGCAGUCUGCACGUAUCACUAAGCCCAAACUCGCUGCUGUGAAAGGGAAACCGGCUGCUCAAACACAGUUCAAGUCCCCUGUGCUUAAAAAGACAAACUCACCAUCGUCCACACCUCCUGCAUCGACACGGAUUCCACUGCCUUCUGUCAGUGGGAAAACUGUAAGCGGUUUUGCUACCCCCAAAGGCAACACGUCUCCAGCCAGUGAGUACAAACUGCGGGAGGGAUCACCAGCAAAGCGGUUGGGAGCAAUAAACCACCCAACAGGAGGUGCUUCUGGUAUCAGGGCUCGGACUCUCACACCACCGAGUGUAACCAGAAAUAUCACUUCAACGGCCUUGGUGAACAGGAAGAAGGGCUACAAUGCUGAGAAUUACACACGGAACAAUAUCAAAUCAGGUUUUGACACUGGAGACGAUUCCUUGACUUUAAACGAUAGGAGCAUCAAGAGUAGUGAUCAAAAUCAACUCUCAAGAUUUUGCCAUGAUUGUGGAACCAAGUAUCCUGUAGAGUGGGCAAAGUUCUGUUGUGAGUGUGGGGUGAGAAGGAUGACCCUUUGAUCACGCAGUAUGUCUUGAUGAAAGCAUGUUAACAUGAUUGAAGUUCACAAGUUUAAAUGUUGCUUUCAUUAGCUAGUAUAAUCGACUUAUACUCGAGGUGGGGGGUGGCCUUUAGUUUGCUUUGUAUUUGGUGUUGUGCACAAUACUUUGGCAAAGGUGGCAUAACGAAAAACACUAAUAUCAUUCAAGUUGAUUUUCUUUUGUAUCGCUUCAAAUGCCAAUUGAAAUUCUGUCAGGGUUCCCCAUAGAAUUUAUUUGCUAAGCAACUGCUAUCCAAGGACAAGUGCACAUUGCCAGAAACCCGUAGGUAAAUGUUGCUUGUUCCUGUUGUUAUGAACAGCUGUACAGAUUUGGAGCAAAAACAUUUAGGGAAUGAACAUCCACCUUGGGUAGUUUAGGAGACAUCCUAAUAACCAAGUACAUGAUGUUGAAUACAUUUAAGUAAGCAUGUACUGUACUUCAUAUUUAGAUAGAAAAAUUAAACU